CCGAGAGAUCGAACAAGAUAUCGAUGACAGGGGGCAGAGAUUGAAGUGCAAGUGUCAAGUACACGUCAUUCUCUCCAGUCCGUCACACACGUCUGUCUGUCCGCUUACUACGCUGACUGAACCAUCGCUACACGUGGCUGGUUAGAAGUUGAGGUUUCAAAGUUUCCAUAAUGAGGUGGCUAGUGUUCACUUACCUCGUGGGACUAUCCUAUGUGUUUCCGCUGAAAGGGUUAAAGCUGCAGCACACACCGGGGAAGGCGUACACUUACGACUACGAGUCUCUCUCCACUCUCCGUGAGCGGAGGGAGGCAGGACCACCCUCCCCCGGUCAGGCCGGUGUGGGGCCGAAGGUGUCCGCAGAGGUCCUACUGACCGUCGUGUGGGGACAGGAGACAGAACAACUGGUCAAACUCGAGCUGCGGAAGCUGAAGCUGCAGGGAGCGACGACGGAGACCAGCGAGAAGGCGAGGCUGUUCGACGGCGUGUCCGCCUCUGUGUCCGCCCACCACGCUCGCCCCGUCUACUUUGUGUGGCGGAGCGGCCAGGUUAUGCAGCUGUAUUCGUCCGGCCAUGACGGAGUCGUCGCCGAAAACUUAAAAAGAGCUGUCGUCAGUCUACUGCAACUACAGACCCAGUCCGGAGACAGAGAAGAGGUCGACGUCAGCGGAACGUGUAAGGCGAACUAUCAGGUAGAGGAGAAUCUCACCGUGAGAAAGUCGAAGGUCGGCUGCCAGGCUCCCGAUUACCCCGGACAGUUCUCGCACGCUAAGUCGAUCCUCGGCUCGUCGGUCGAGUCGACCUACAGCGCCAUCUAUGAGGUCGGCAAGAAUGGCAUUCUGCAGACGGCGUCCGGCGAGGACGUUCAUGUGUUUGCGCCGAACAUACGGCGGAGUCUUGCAGCCGAGAUUGUCACCAGGCAGCAGUUGAAACUGCGUGGUGUGGUGGACGGCUCGCGGACAGUGGACGCCAGCAGCGUGGAGCAGGCCGCGGCGGGCCUAGCAGACGUGUCGCCGCGGGAGAUGAAGCUGCAGAGCCUGCCGGGGAAGCCAGAGGAGUCGGCAGCGAUCCUGCAGAAGCUGGAGGAUGCGAGGGGGGAGCUUGCCGAGCCGGCCUCCGUCUCCUCCGCGAAGGCGUUCGUCUCCCUCCUCGGCUUCUUCCGCGGACAGAAGGCGACGGAGGAGAGGGUCCUGCAGCUGCUGCGUCAGGAGGAGGAGAAGGCGAGGGAUCCGCAGAGACCUGCUGACUUCGUCGACGUUCUGCCAUUCCUGAUUGACGCCGUCACUGCGGCGCAGACGGACGCCUGCCAGGGGGCGCUGAUGAAGUUUCUGGACUUCGGACGGGAGGACAACAUUGAACUGCCAGAGAAGUACCUGCUGGCUGCGUCAUUCAGUUCCCAACCAUCCCUGGCGCUUCUGUCAGACGUCUGGGUGGGGAUCUUUGCGAAGGGACUGGAGGCGAUCGUCGGCGACGCGGAGGGGGAGGAGGCGGACGAGGUCGCGUCGGCGGGCAUGCAGCUCACCGUGCUCGACACCGUCACGCGGCCCGUCGUCUUCUUCGAGGGCAAAGGUCAACUCAUGUCGGCUAUCUGGUCGGGCGCCGGCAGCACCCCGACGUCCGCGCUGACGGCGAGUGUGAUCAUGCAGGAUCACCAGCAGUACCUACCGCUGUCCAGUGGAUGGAUCGUGGAUCUAGGUCUCACCGGCGCGCUGUCCGUAGAUCUGUCCGGAUCCGUGCAGAUCAGUCUGUGGUACCAGACGUCAAACUCGCUCGUACAAAGCAGCGGAGCGGCCGUCAUCGCUGGGUCGGCGAGAUUCCAGAUUCCGGAGGCGGAGGUCGGAAUGCAGUUUUCCGGGGAGGCUGAGGCGCUGAUCAACUUUGCGUCGGACGUGGACUUCAGCGGGAAGCCACUGAAGCUGUGCAUGAAAAUGGUGCAGCCGGACUUCACGUAUCGCCAACACGCACGCAAGUACGAGAAGGUGCGCGGCAAGAACGGCAGGCAGCGAGGAUUCGGCGUCCGUCUAAGUCGCCACCAGCCCGUCGUCGGCAAGUCCUUCCUGCUGCACCAAAAGAUCUCCGAACUCUGCGCCCAGAUGGAGCUGGAGAAGAGUGGUUAGACUGGCCCCGCAGCACUUCUUCGCUUGGGCCGUACCAGGUGCGUGCCGCCCGUCACCCGUCUAACCCCGCCGACGUUCGCUUGCCUGGGAUUUGUGUUUUUUCGGAGUGAUGCGAGUUAACAGGUGCGGUGGCGUGCGCGCUCGCGAGGUGGGGCUGGCAUUAGCUGAUGUGGGAUUCCGUCUUUAUUUUUUGUAUCUCCUUUAAUUGUCUUCUCUUCCUGCAUGUACGCGUUAAGGGGGGCUUAUGUCGGGCUUGCGAGCCGACUCGACUGGAAGCAACUGGCGCUCAUAGGGUCUAUG